AUGCACGCGAGGCUCCUCACAACACUUUUGUUGGCCUACGGACUCCUGGCCCUUUGCCAAGCCGCCAACUGUCCAUCGGAUACGCCUCCGACGAAAUGCGGUGCGGCUAUGGACGCUAUUCUGAAGGCCCUGGGAAAGCCACUUGUGUCGAAGAAGACAAUGUGGGGUUUCGCGUCCGGCGCUCCCGCCGCGAUCGUCGCCUUCAUCAAAUCCCGCAAGAACUGCAACCCUCCGACAAUGUGCGAAGUUGGGAAUCUGCUCAUCAACUACACCAGCGACAACCUGCCCACGCUAAUGUCGUGCGCGAUGGCCAACGAGCCGGCGCUGUGCGCGCAGCUUGUGGGUGACGCCACGGCGGUGAUGGGCACGUGUUCGUCCAAAGGCUACGACAUCGACAAAAUCGGCACCGCGCUGGCGUGUGGCGCCAAGGAGACGCUGGAGCCGCUGUAUAACUCGUCGAUCGUCCCCGCCUACAAGAAGUGGUGCAACAAGCUCGAUGUGACGCAGGUUAUGAACCAGAUUUGUACGGUCAUCACCGGAGUCCUGAACAAUAACGCUAUGCUGCAGAAGUUGUUCAAUAAUAUGAAAGCCCGCUCGUAUGUCGGCUGGCUCCUUGACCUCGCCGAUCCGAAACUCCCAAAGUACUGGGCGAGGUACCAAAGCUUCAGGGACAAGUCCACGGUGGCCUGUCUGACGAAGCCGAUGACGUGCAACUGCUCGGUUGUUGUUAGCGGUAUGGCCGGCGAGAUGACGUCGGGA